AAGAAAUGAGUAAUGUAAUAAAUUAUAGAUCUAACCAGAUGCGAACUAUAUAGCAACCAUUUCAGUUGACCGACCUAGUCGCUCAUUCUUUUCCAGUUCCAAAGAAUUGAAACCAGGACAAGCCAAACGAAUCCACCAUGAAAGAUCCCUUAACCACUCUGAUUCUCGCGGUUUUAAUAGCCUGUUCGGUAACCCACGUAAGAUCAGACGGUUCCGAUCACCGCUACAAGGAAGGCGACCCUGUCCCUCUCUACGCAAAUAAGGUCGGCCCCUUUCACAACCCCAGUGAAACUUAUCGCUACUUUGAUCUGCCUUUUUGUGUCCCAGAUCAUUUGAAAGAGAAAAAAGAAGCUCUUGGAGAGGUUUUGAAUGGUGACCGUUUAGUUAGUGCUCCUUACAAACUUAACUUUAGAGAUGAGAAGGUAUCAGCAGUUGUUUGUCAGAAGAAGCUUACGCAAGAGGAUGUUGCUCGGUUUAGAUCUGCAAUUGGUAAAGAUUAUUACUUCCAAAUGUACUAUGAUGAUUUGCCCAUUUGGGGCUUCAUUGGAAAGGUUGACAAAGAAGGCAAGGCUGAUCCCAGUGAGUACAAGUACUUGCUUUACAAGCAUAUUCAAUUUGAUGUUCUUUACAAUAAGGACCGUGUGAUUGAAGUGAGUGUUCGUAUGGAUCCUCAUUCAUUGUUGGAUCUCACUGAGGACAAGGAAGUUGAUGCAGAGUUCCUUUACACUGUGAAGUGGAAGGAAACAGAUACUCCCUUCGAGAAGAGAAUGGAUAAGUAUUCAAUGUCUUCAUCUCUGCCACAUCACUUAGAGAUCCACUGGUUCUCCAUUAUAAAUUCAUGUGUGACAGUUCUCCUUUUGACUGGUUUCCUUGCUACAAUCCUCAUGCGGGUCUUGAAGAAUGAUUUCGUCAAGUAUGCACAAGAUGAGGAAGCGGCUGAUGAUCAGGAAGAGACUGGAUGGAAGUACAUCCAUGGUGAUGUUUUCAGAUACCCCAAAUACAAAUCUUUUUUUGCUGCAGCUCUUGGUUCUGGCACUCAGCUGUUCACCCUUACUAUAUUUAUUUUUAUUCUUGCACUGGUUGGAGUGUUCUAUCCAUACAAUCGAGGAGCUCUAUUUACUGCCCUGGUGGUAAUAUAUGCACUGACGUCUGGGAUUGCUGGAUAUACUGCAACCUCGUUCUAUUGUCAACUGGAAGGAGAGAACUGGGUGAGGAAUCUUUUGCUGACAGGGUGUCUUUUCUGUGGACCUUUGUUCCUCACAUUCUGCUUCCUUAACACUGUUGCCAUUGUUUACAGUGCAACUGCAGCACUGCCUUUUGGCACUAUUGUGGUAAUAGUCCUUAUAUGGACAUUAGUAACAUCUCCACUACUUGUGUUGGGUGGUAUUGCUGGCAAAAACAGCAAGGCUGAGUUUCAAGCUCCUUGUCGCACCACUAAAUAUCCUCGAGAGAUCCCGCAAUUGCCUUGGUACAGGAGUGCACUUCCUCAAAUGGCAAUGGCAGGUUUUCUACCAUUUAGUGCCAUAUACAUUGAACUGUACUAUAUUUUUGCCAGCGUUUGGGGUCACAGGAUUUACACCAUCUACAGCAUCCUGUUUAUCGUCUUCAUCAUUCUUCUGAUUGUCACGGCAUUCAUAACUGUGGCUUUGACAUACUUCCAACUUGCUGCUGAAGAUCAUGAAUGGUGGUGGAGGUCUUUUCUCUGUGGUGGAUCAACUGGGCUGUUUAUCUAUGCAUACUGCUUGUAUUACUAUUAUGCACGGUCCGAUAUGUCUGGCUUCAUGCAAACCUCUUUCUUCUUUGGGUACAUGGCCUGCAUAUGCUACGGCUUCUUUCUCAUGCUUGGGACAGUGGGUUUCCGUGCCUCGCUGUUUUUCGUUCGUCACAUAUACAGGUCAAUCAAGUGUGAGUAACAGGUUGGUUCUUCCGCUUCUGUUCCAUGUACUCUGAGAGAGAAAGAUCUAUGAUUUUUGUUAGAAGUGAGGCUGGAGACUGCAUCGGCUCAUCAGGAGUUAAUGAAAAGCAAACUUAGACCUCAAGCAUGCCUAUUGACAUUUUGGGUGCCUGCAAUUAUCUGACAUAUAAAAAGAGUGAAUAAUGCGAGUGCCCCUUAGCUUGUAGAAAACUUCUGCCCUUCUCUUAUAUGUGCUUUGAGAACUAUAUCUAUUUUAUUUUCAGGUUACUUAUUCAUGUAAAACACAAUUAUUUUGUCAGAGUUCUUAUCAAAUUUCUACAGAAGUAAUAUAAGAGUAGAAAUGCUUCUCUAAA